UUAAUCUUUGGCUUCUUUCUUGACCAGGGAAAUGAGGAUUCUACGGAGCCACCUCUGGGAUGCAGGAAGGAGACCAAGAAGAGAGGAAGGAGACAUCCUCUCAAGGUGAUGAUCUCGCUGAAUUCUUCACCUCACUUACUGGAGAGAAAAAGGAAGAAAGAAGAGUCAACCAUCUGUGUUGCAAUUAAGUACACAUUCCAUUGUUGAUAUGGAGGAGAAAGCAUACAAAUGCUCAGAGUGUGGAAAGGGUUUCACUCGCAAGGCUCAUCUUCAGCGACAUGAAAGGACCCACACGGGGGAGAAGCCCUAUGAAUGCCUGGAUUGUGGGAAGAGCUUCACCGACACUGGAAGUUUACAUUUACAUCAGAGGACUCACACUGGGGAGAAACCCUAUAAAUGCCUGGAGUGUGGAAAGGGCUUCACUCAGAGUACAAAUCUGCAUUCACAUCAGAGGACUCACACGGGAGAGAAACCUUUUACAUGCCUGGAGUGUGGAAAGAGUUUCACUCAGAAUGCAAAUCUACAUGCACAUCAAAGAACGCACACGGGGGAGAAACCCUAUACGUGCUCGGAGUGUGGACAGAGCUUCACUCAUAGUGCAACUCUACAUUCCCAUCAAAGGGCUCACACUGGGGAGAAACCCUAUACCUGCCUGGAGUGUGGACAGAGCUUCACUGAGACUGGAAAUCUACAUUUACAUCAAAGGACUCACACUGGGGAGAAACCCUAUAAAUGCCUGGAAUGCGGAAAGAGCUUCAUUCAGAGUGCUACUCUAAAUUCACAUCAACUGACUCACUCAGGGGAGAAACCCUAUACGUGCUUGGAGUGUGGAAAGAGCUUCACUCAUAGUUCAAGUCUACGUUUGCAUCAAAGGACUCACACUGGAGAGAAACCCUAUCCAUGCCCGGAGUGUGGACAGAGCUUCAGUGACAGUGGAAGUCUGCGUUCACAUAAAAGGACUCACACUGGGGAGAAACCCUAUAAAUGCCUGGAGUGUGGGCACAGUUUCACUCAUAGUUCAGGUCUAAGUUCACAUCAAAGGAUUCACACUGAGGAGAAACCCUAUCCAUGCUUGGAGUGUGGACAGAGCUUCACUUGGAGUUCAAGUCUACGUAAACAUCAGAGGAUUCACACUGGGGAGAAACCUUAUAAAUGUGUGAACUGUGGGCAGAGCUUCACUGAGAGUGGAAGUCUACGCUCCCAUCAAAGGACUCACACUGGGGAAAAACCUUACAAAUGCCUGGAGUGUGGACAGAGCUUCACUUGGAGUUCAAGUCUACGUAAACAUCAAAGGACUCACACUGGGGAAAAGCCCUAUGAAUGCCUGGAGUGUGGAAAGAGCUUCACUGAGAGUGGAAGUCUACGUUCCCAUCAAAGGACUCACACUGGAGAGAAACCCUAUACAUGCCUGGAGUGUGGACAGAGCUUCACUCGUAGAUCACUUCUACAUUCACAUCAAGGGACUCACACUGGGGAGAAACCUUAGAAUUCCCUGGAGUGUGGACAGGGCUUCACUCAGAAUGGAAGUCUACCUAGACAUCAAAGGACGCACACUAGGGAGAAACCCUAUAAACAUACGUAGUGUAAAAAAGAACUUAUCUGAGAGUUGGAGUCGACAUAGUAUUCACAUUGGAGAGAACAGUGGUGUUUGACCCCCAAGAGACGCUGAUGACUGAGCUUUCCAAACUUUUCAUGUUGGUGACAUACUUUCACAACAUGGUAAUUGAGUUUAACAAGCAAACCGGAGGUUA